AUUACCAAGUCUUUAACUAGAAUGUCAUAUUUGAGAGACACCUGCAUAGAUUCAGAUAUGACCAGACAGGUUUAAGGAACUAAGAUUAACUUUAUGAAGCCAGUAAAGUCCCUUGGAAAUGUUAGCCUGAUACCUUGCUUAUAGAGUUCCCAAGAGCCUUACCAGGUUUGGAGAAUGUAUUUUUGUAAUUAGCCGUGUUGAUUUAAAGGAGCAGGCGGGAGAGAGGAGUAGACAUGCUGAAGGAGCUCCAGUUCUUCCUGUCAGCCAUUCUGCUGCUUGCCUGUGUCUUCUUCUACCAGCUCAGCCUGAAGUCCAGCUGUCUCUUCUCUUGCCUUCCUCCCCAAAAGGCCCAGCAAGACCCGGAAGCCCUCCUGGGCCAUGGGCAUGGCAUUGUGUUCAUAGAGACCUCAGAGAGAAUGGAGCCAACGCCUCUGGUCUCUUGUGCUGUGGAAUCUGCUGCCAAGACUUACCCAGAGAAGCCCGUGGUGUUCUUCAUGAAGGGUCUCAACACCACCACACGGCUGCCCUCAAACUCCACUUACCCAGCCUUUUCCCUCCUCUCAGCCAUAGACAAUGUUUUCCUCUUCCCUUUGGAUAUGAAAAGGCUGUUUGAAGACACACCAUUGCGUUCAUGGUACACUCACAUCAACGCCAGUGUGGAGAGCAACUGGCUCCACGUCAGCUCAGAUGCGUCCCGCCUGGCCAUCAUCUGGAAAUAUGGCGGCAUCUACAUGGACACCGAUGUCAUCUCCAUCCGGCCCAUCCCUGAGGAGAACUUUCUGGCUGCACAGUCUUCUCAGUACUCUAGUAACGGGGUGUUUGGAUUCCUCCCCCACCACCCCUUCCUGUGGGAGUGCAUGGAAAACUUUGUCGAACACUACAAUUCAGACAUUUGGGGCAACCAGGGUCCCAGUUUGAUGACAAGGAUGUUGAGACUGUGGUGCAAACUUAGAGACUUCCAGGAGGUGAGUGAUUUCAGGUGUUUGAACCUGUCCUUCCUACACCCUCAGAGAUUUUACCCCAUCUCCUAUCCAGAGUGGAGGCGCUACUAUGAAGUCUGGGACAAAGACCUGAGCUUCAAUGACUCCUACGCCCUGCAUCUGUGGAACUACAUGAACAACGAAGGAAGGACUGUGGUUAGAGGGAGCAACACGCUGGUGGAAAAUCUCUGCCGUAAGCACUGUCCCAGGACUUACAGGGACCUGAUUCAAAGCCCAGAGGGGUCAGUGACUGGGGAGGUGGGUCCAGGUAACAAAUAGAGCCCACACUGGCUCUAUGUUAUAGAACUGGUUCCUGGAGUGCCAGCGUGCAGCUCAUGUCCAUGUUCCCCAGGGGUGGGGGGGUUUACCCACGUAUCGCUUAGGCUCAGCUUUCUCUGUCUAUAAUACAAAAAUCCCAAAGACCAUUGGUGUAUAAAAUAUAGAAGCUUAUUUCUCUCUCAUGUAAAAGAAGUCUGAAGGCAGGCGAUUCAGGGGGGGUGUGGUCACUGUGGUCAUUGGGGACCCAGGUUUCUUGCAUCUCUCUUGUUUGUUAUCCUUAGCGUCCAUAGCCCCUGGUCUAUAUGGCUGCUUGGUAUCCAGCCCAUUAUGUCUGCAUUUCAGGCAGCAGGAUGAAGGAAGGAGGAACGUACCCCUCCUCCUAUUUUAUGAAAACUUCCUAUAAGUACUGUGUAACACUUGCCUUUACAUCUCACUCACUCACUGCAAGAGAUGCUGAAAAAUUUAAGGAGGAAGAGAAGAAAAUGGGUGUUAGGAGAGGCAGCUAACGGUUUUGCUACCUGUUAAAUUUACUUGUGUAAGAUUAAUUUCAGCAGAAUGGACUAGGGACGAAGAGUCUUGAUUUCUGAUCCUGACUUUGAUAUUCAUUAGUGAAUUCAGUCAAUGAAUAUUAACCAAGCCCCUUCUGUGUGCCAAGCACUGAUUUAGUUGCUGAAAAUACUGCUGGAUCAAGCAGACAUGGUUCCGUCUUAGUCAGUUUGGGCUGCAGUAACAAAGUACCACGGACUGGGUGGUUUAUAAACAACAGAAAUUUAUUUUUCACAGUUCUGGAGGCUGGUAGGCCAAGAUUAGGGUGCCAGCACGGUCAGGUUCUAGUAAGGAUCCUCUUCUGGUGGCAGAGGGCACUUUUCUUGUAGAAUUCUCGUAUAGGGGAAGGGGUCAAGGGAGCUCUCUGGGGUCCUUUUUAUAGAGAAACUAAUCCCACUCGUGAGGGCUUCACCCUCAUGACCUAAUUACCUCCCAAAGGCCCCACUUUCUAAUA